AUGGUGGCUCUGUGGUCUGUCUCCGCUCGGAGCGCUCUCCGAGAGAAGUCCGGCGUUUCCCCCGAGCCUUCAGUCACCGCCCCGACGCCGCCUGCGCCCCUCGAGCAGCCGGUCCCGCCGGGGCAGGUCGCCGAGCCGCCGCCGCCGCCGCCGCCGCCGGAGAGAAACCUGUGGGAGCAGAUCUGCGAGGAGUAUGAAGCGGAGCUGCCUUCCUUUCUAGAAUGUAAAGUCAAACCGGAAGCUGCAGUUCCUGUUUCCCCACUGGAGGAAUUGGUGUUUCCCAGCAUCAGGGCAGAGCAUUUAGUGCCGGCAGCCCAAACCCCUGUGGACUCACAUGUACCCUGUCCUCAGAAGGAAUUGGUGACACUCGAUCCAAAAACAUGCUCCCCCAAAGAAUAUUUGGAAAAUUUCAUCUUUCCAGUUCUGCUUUCUGGAAUGGUCAGCCUGCUUCACCAAGCAAAGAUAGAAAAGUGCUUUGAGAGGAAAAGGACCAAAUUCAUUGCUUGUGAUUACCUGACUGAGUGGUUGUACAACCACAAUCCAAAGAGGACAGGAGAAACCUUCACAGAAUUCUUCUCCAUCCCAUUUGUGGAGGAGUGGCUAAAGAAUCACCCUCGGCCACCAAUCCCGCUGUCCUUGCUGCUGACAGAAGAGGAAGCAGCGAUCUCCAUCCAGGCAUUCUGGAGGGCUUACCUGGUACGUUGCGAUCCUGAGAUUCAAGAGCUUCGUCAAUGGCAGAAGAAACUCCGUGAAGACAAGCACAUUCGCCAGCGGGUGCAAAUGUUCUGGGCCAAACAAGAGCAGAAAGUGAAAUGCAAAAUGGAGGACGAGGAGAACUACUUGCUCAGUGCAGCCCAGAAAGGACCUGUGGCAGACAAGCUUUAGUGUAAGCAGUGGGGAGGAGGCCUCGCCUGCUGCAUCAUCCGGAAGUGUUUCUCUACAUCCUGAUACUUCCUGAUUCCGGAGCAUCCCCUGCCAACCACUGUUCAAAACACCAUGGAAUCUCAUCCACACUGGAGAUGAGGUGCUGUGUCACUGUUUUCCCGCUUUCAAAACGAUCUGUACUUGAAGUGUCAGAUCUCUCUUUUGUUCAUUUCUUGUGGUGUUGGGCAGCUGCCCGACCCGACCACCAAGAUACAUUCCCAGCCCACCAUGAGGCUUACUUAAAGCCAGACAAGGAUCAUGAAGAAUUUCCCUUGUCUAGGCCCCAAAGUAUUAAAGUCUUGCUUUUAUUACGGAUAAGUUAACUUACUGCAUUCAUUUCUUCUGCAGUUUGCUCUGAGAACCAAGAUUCUACCAUUCAGAAAAAAAAAAAAAAAAAAAAUCCCAGAUUCAGCAAAAGGCCCAGUGUGGGUGAUUUUGACACGCUAGCACACGUCUUGUGUAAAUAGUAAAGCCUUUAUUUUUGGGUUAAGAACAGCAUUUUGAAAAUAAAACCUAUCUGCCCAUGCUUCACAACUUUUUAACUCUGCAGUAUUUAUAUUACAGUCAUGUAUGGUACAUAUUGAUUGUCUUGAAGCUUCUUGAAUGAUUUUUAUUUUUCUGAAUAUGCGAGUCAGCAAAGGGGAAAUCAAGGAACAUUAUAAAACACACGUGAAUGCUCUUAAUAAAUAUAUAUUAUCUAUCAAAAUGAGCCGGAGCUCUUGGAUCAAUUAAGAAAAAGCACCUGCCGAGAACCGCCAUCAGCUGGCAUCUUUACUAACAUCUUCGCCUGUCAAAGCUACAGAGCCUUCCUUUCAUUUGGGGUUCAGCCUGAGUCUUGGCUAACCCAGAAGCUGUCCCGACUCUACAAUUGUUCUGUAGCCCUGACUGCAUCUGUGCUGGGGUUGGGGGUGGGGAGCGCUGGAUGCCCAGCUUUCAACAAGGGAAUCAAAACCCUGCAACCCAGCAGGCACACAGGGCCUUCCCUGUCUGUUAAAUGGUAAAAUCUCAGAGCUCAUUCUCUGGGCCCCUCACCCCAAGAUAGAACAAGCUUCAUAAAAGGGACAGGAGUGGCUAGGAUAGUCCCAAAGAGAUGUCUGUCACUAACCGGAUGUGUGAAGAUUUGUGCUUACAAUUGGGGAUUAUUCACAGAUGCUGCUGUGGUGGCAGGACCCCCCCCCUCCCCAUUUUGUUUACACCACCAGAUCUUAAAGAGACAGGCCAGUCUGUACUUUAGCUUUGUUGGGGUGGGGGGUGCUGCCUCCACAGGCUCUGGGUGGUGAAGAGCUGUUCCUGGCACUCCUCAGAUUGAACUUUGAACCCAUGGCAAGAAUAGCAAAUCUCUCCCUCUGCCCUCACUCCCACCUCCACCCAUCCUGAGAACAUUCAGCUCACCCUGGUCCUAAAGAAGAAGAAGAAAAAAGCCAAAAUAAACAAAAACCCAGAGGCGCACUAACCUACCAAAGAGAUUUGAAAAGGAAAAACAAAUACCCUAAAGGUCUCAAGGAAUUUCCCACGGCUCAGAGAUGAUCUGCGGAUCGCCAUUUGUCCCGCGUUCACUUCCACUGUGAUGGGGUGAACUCUCCCCCCUUCUGUAAGGAGGGGGUCUGGGUGAGUCACGGAUGGCAUCAGAAAGCUCCAAAGGACUCCAGACAGCGGGGCUGGGCGACCAUCUCCUGGCAGGAGAAGGUGUACUGCUGGUGUCCUCCGCCUCCACCAGGAUGGGCCCCCAAGUGUUCAGCGAGUGUUUACAUUUUCACAACGCCCAGUCUACAUGCACCUCCCUUAGUCCCACCCUAGCUGCUCUCCCUCCUUCCCCAAGACCCUCAGUUCAGCCUGAGGCAUGGUGGGAGCUCUCUAAGAGGAAACACAUGCUUGAGGCGUCAGGCAGGAGUAAUAGGUCAGUAAUAGGUCAGUGCCAUGCUUGCUUGUCCCCAUGCAUGGAAAUACACGAGCAGUCAGGAAAAGCCACAGGCUGGCCACACAUGGCUGGCCACACAUGGCUGACCACACUGGCCUUUAUCUCCCCAGCGGUCUGCAAGGACGGGCAGGGUUGUGUAGGGAAGGGGGAUGCAGCAGAAGACUAGGGUCCCGAUGGG